GAGUCCGCUGCCAGUGCGCUACAGUAAUACACGCUCCCAGUCGAGCAUCGCGACUGCCACGCGGCCCUCGUAGAGACCAUGACUCGCCGCACCCGGUGAGGCGCAAUCUAACGCGCCCGCAUACGCAUUACGUAAAAAUUACGCCCGGCGGUUGCUGAUCUUACAUACCGAAGUAGCUCUUUGAAUAAAUUUCUAAUAAAUCGUGAGGAAUUUCUAAGGUAGUCGAUUCCGCGGGCUUGUCGUAUUCGCGAUGCGACCGCUGCGCCGCGCAGUUUGAACGCAUUAUGAGAGACAGCGCGAGCACACGCGAGCUGGCCAGCGCGAGUAGCGGGCGAGAGCGCUAACGCGGCAUGAAGCGCGUGUAAGGUGGCGGGCGCGGCGCGCGCUUUGAGCCGGCCGGGGGACGCCGCGGGCCAGCCGGACUUUCCGCCGCGUCCCCGCUGCAGCGCUCCGACCCGAUGACACAUUGACGUUGAACAGCCACCAUUGCUCGUAUAGAGUUGGUCGAGAAAUGGGGGCUGACGCCUGUCCUCAGGCCGAGGCAGGAAUGCCCCCGGGCCCAGGAACAAGGCGAAGAACAAAGGUCAUUACCAAAGCUUUACAACCCAGAGGAGGAACAGGGGAGACCACCGCAGGGUGGAGUGGUGACAUUCGAACCGAUCCAGCACGAUCACGACUUCUGCGAGAGGGUAGUGAUCAAUGUGAGCGGUUUGAAAUUCGAAACACAACUUCGUACUUUGAACCAAUUCCCGGAGACUUUGCUGGGCGAUCCCGCUCGGAGAAUACGGUAUUUUGAUCCCCUAAGAAACGAAUACUUCUUCGACCGUAAUCGCCCUUCUUUCGACGCUAUCCUUUACUACUAUCAAAGCGGAGGGCGGCUUCGCCGUCCUGUUAAUGUACCACUGGACGUUUUCUCUGAAGAAAUUAAAUUUUACGAACUUGGCGAGCAAGCCACAAACAAAUUCCGUGAGGAUGAGGGCUUCAUAAAAGAGGAGGAGAAACCCUUACCCGCUAACGAGCGCCAGCGCAAAAUCUGGCUCCUCUUCGAAUACCCAGAGAGCUCCCAAGCAGCCCGAGUCGUUGCCAUCAUCUCCGUGUUUGUCAUUCUCCUGUCAAUUGUUAUCUUCUGCCUCGAGACACUCCCAGAAUUCAAACAUUACAAAGUGUUCAACACCACAACCAACGGAACUAAGAUCGAGGAAGACGAAGUACCAGACAUCACAGAUCCAUUCUUCCUCAUCGAGACGCUGUGUAUAAUCUGGUUUACCUUCGAGUUGAUAGUGCGGUUUUUGGCUUGUCCGAACAAGUUUAAUUUCUUCAGAGACGUCAUGAAUAUAAUAGACAUAAUUGCCAUUAUUCCCUAUUUCAUCACUCUUGCUACUGUGGUUGCUGAAGAAGAGGACACCCUGAACUUACCUCGAGCGCCUGUAUCCCCACAAGAUAAAUCCACCAAUCAAGCAAUGAGCCUCGCUAUACUCCGUGUGAUUCGCCUGGUGCGAGUCUUCAGGAUUUUCAAAUUAUCUCGCCACUCCAAGGGUCUUCAAAUCCUUGGACGCACACUAAAAGCGUCUAUGCGUGAGCUCGGACUUCUAAUAUUCUUCUUAUUUAUAGGUGUGGUGCUGUUUUCCUCCGCCGUGUACUUCGCUGAAGCCGGAAGUGAGAACAGCUUCUUCAAAUCCAUACCUGAUGCGUUUUGGUGGGCGGUCGUGACAAUGACGACCGUAGGAUACGGAGACAUGACGCCGGUUGGAGUGUGGGGCAAGAUCGUGGGAUCGCUCUGUGCGAUCGCUGGCGUACUCACUAUUGCCCUGCCUGUGCCCGUCAUCGUGUCCAAUUUCAACUACUUCUAUCACCGUGAGACUGAUCAAGAGGAAAUGCAAUCACAAAACUUCAACCACGUCACCAGUUGUCCCUAUCUACCAGGAACUAUGGGCGAGCCUUACUUGAGUGGGAAGGACGAUGAGAAGGACGAAGUGUGCGGUGAACAUUGACUGGACGACAGUGUCGUUCUGUUAUUUAGUAUUGCGAACUUAAACUAACUCGACAGAGACGAUCAUUGUGAUAUUAUCGUUUAAUAAGCGAAAUAGUGCAGUGUUGAUGUAAAUAGUAGUUUAAGUGAUGUAAAAAUGCGUCAAUAAAAUUGUUAAUUUAAUUCUAUCGAGUUACGUUUAACGGACGGUAGUGAGUUCGAUUAUAUCGGGUAAUGUUAUGAAUUUGUUUCACUUGGUUAGUUGGAAUUUUACAUCAAGUGUACUUCUUAUCGAGUGUCGCUUUACCUGAGAGUUUCAAAAUGUGUUACAUACGUUUUGUUUUUGUUUGUAAAUAUCUAUUUACAGAACUUCGUCACUAUUUGCUUCCGGUUUGACUUUUAUUUUCUUUGUUAAAAUAAAAGAAGCGAAGCAGCAUUCCUCAAAUUUCGAUGUUUUUGUUUCACUUUUUACAAUUUUUCUACCCGAAAUAAACUU